GAUGGCAAGAAGACGACUCUGAAAGAGCUCGUUGAUGAGAGCAAGUCGGGUGUCGUGCUCUUCACCUAUCCCAAGGCUUCCACUCCUGGCUGCACCACUCAGGUCUGCCUUUUCCGUGACAGCUAUGAGCCGCUCACCGCCGGUGGUCUUGCCAUCUACGGCUUGUCCAAGGAUUCGCCCAAGGCCAACACGACUUUUAAGACCAAACAGAACCUGCCAUAUCCGCUGCUCUGCGAUCCUAGCUCGACUUUGAUUGGUGCUAUUGGUCUGAAGAAGGCCCCCAACAACACAACACGCGGUGUGUUUGUUGUCGAUAAGACGGGCAAGGUGUUG